AUGGCUAAUUCAAGUCAUGUUAGGUCGAUUAGCUUUCCAUCUCGUUCACAGCCAGAGUAUCUCAGAGUUGAGAUUGAGCUAAACAGGCUCAAAACAUGGGAAUCAACAUCAAUUUCUUCAACAACAACCCCUUUUAGUUUAACCACUAUUCAACAAGGCCUUGUAGGGCUAGCAGAGUUGUAUAAUUGUGUUCAAGACCUUCUAGAGUCCCCAAUGAUUCAACAAGCUCUCCUCAAACAUCAAAUGGGACGGUUAGCAGAGGAAGCCCUUGAGGCCUCUGUUGGAUUAAUUGACUCGUGUAGUACGACGAGGGAACUAGUCUUGAUGAUGAAAGAACAAGUGCAAGAUCUUCAAUCAGCAUUGAGGAGAAAAGUAGGAGAUUCAAGCAUACAGACUAUUUGCAGUACUAAGACAAGUAUCAAUCUUGACCAUCUCAGUCCAAUGUUCCCAACUUUAUUUCUUGUCUUCGCCAGCUUCAAAGGCAAGGAAAAACGGGUGGUCAUUGAUUUAAAAAUGCUUGUUACAAAAUCAAUGACUUAUAAGGGAGAGGAAAAGACUAUCAAUGAGGUUGAAUGCGUAGAUUUUGCUCUUUGUUCUUACCUUCACAGCAGUAAUUUCAACGUUGAUGUAUCGAUGAUUCAGAGAAAAUUGCAGAUACUAAAUACUGGCCUUCAAGCUAUUGAGGCUGGCACAGAAUGCUUAUCAAGGCUAUUAAUCAGAAACAGAGUUUGCCUUCUUAACAUCCUUACUCAUUAG